GCCAGCCAACAUGGCUCUCCACCUUAUCCACUUCUGCCCCAAUCCAUUUGGCAAAAAAAUAAACUUCGUCAGACACUCUUUAAUCCAAUCACAAACACCGAAUCCACGCCGACCAUUUUCAAGACCCGAUGGACAACAACCAGCAAUCGUCUCCCUCCGCCGCUGGAAUCCCUCAUCCUCCUCCUCCUCCUGGAACCUCCGUCUCCGCCGUUGGAGGAGCUUCUUACCACCACCUUCUCCAGCAACAGCAACAACAGCUCCAAAUGUUCUGGUCAUACCAACGCCAAGAGAUCGAGCAAGUGAACGACUUCAAAAACCAUCAGCUCCCUCUCGCUAGGAUAAAAAAGAUCAUGAAAGCAGACGAGGAUGUGCGUAUGAUCUCUGCCGAAGCACCGAUCCUCUUCGCCAAAGCCUGCGAGCUCUUCAUUCUCGAGCUCACCAUCCGUUCCUGGCUUCACGCCGAGGAGAAUAAACGCCGUACGCUUCAGAAAAACGAUAUAGCCGCUGCGAUUACAAGAACAGAUAUCUUCGACUUCCUCGUCGAUAUCGUUCCUAGAGAUGAGAUCAAGGAAGAGCCGGGGAUCAGCGGGAUGGUGACUCCUGCCGUGAGCGGCGUGCCGUACUAUUAUCCGCCGAUGGGUGGUCCUGGAGGGAUGAUGAUUGGGACACCCGCUAUGGAUACGAGUGGCGUUUAUGUGCAGCCUCCGUCUCAGGAGUGGCAGAGCGUUUGGCAGACGUCGGCCACCGGCAAUGAUGUUUCUUACGUAAGUGGAGGAAGCAGCGGUCAAGGGAAUCUUGAUGGCCAAGUUUGAGGUCAGGUCAGAGCCACUCAGAUGAAUGUCAGUUUACUUGCUGUUGAAGACAGCAGUUAUUUGUCGACUAUGCCUUGGAUUUUGAAUGUGUCUUAUAUUGGUUACCCUUGAGUUCAACUUAACUCUUGUCUCUAUGUUUUUUUUUUUUUUUUUAACUCUCGUCUCUGUGUUAACUUAUAAUGUUAUUGUAGCAAAACCCUCACUACUGC